AUGCGGAGCUUGGUAGUUUGUGGAACAACAUCCAAGGUGGUUUGCAAGUCGGCAUUGGUUGGAGAGAUUUAUGCCUUAAAGGAAGCAGUUGGGGUAGCUAAACAAACACGGAAUAGGAGUAGGAAGGUCACAAUGGAAAUCACUUUACUAGAAAACUCUCAUGAGGAGCCUGCUUGGGGAGCUGAAGCAUUGAUUCAAGAGAUUAGGAAUUUAGUUGAGGUAUCUCUGCAAUUUGCUAGCCGAUUGGUUGCAGUGGCAGUGAGAGGUCCUCAAUGUCAUGUUAGCUGGGUGUCAUGGCCUCCAAAUGUUUUGUAUCUUUUGCUGCCGAAGGAAUUUCCUCUGCAUAGAAUUGAAGUCAUUUCUGCGGUUCAAAAAAUCAACAGACCAACCCCCACCCACCCCACCCCUCUCAAUCUUAGCUGA